AUGUCCGAGACUCCAUUAUGCGAUAUUCUUAUAUUGAGCUGCCUUCUUCUCAGUUUCUAUGCUAAUUCUUGGUUGCUCAGUGAUGAUAACAGUGCUGAUUAUAAAUUUACAUUUUCGAACACCACGAACGCAUCAAAUGAGCCCAUGGGUAAACCGUUCGCAUAUAUUUAUUUUCACUCCCUUGGUGUGAAGGUUGUCAAAAAACAAUACUCAAUCUAUGAUCGCAAUUGGUCUAGUUCAUUGCAAAAAUCGCAAGAGAAUAAAUCAUCAACAACACCAGUCUUACGAGAAGCAAAAAUUAUGGAUUCAAUGUUACAUCGUGAUGCUGCUCGAUUGGUACGCGGUGGUAGCAUAAAUUCAUUGAAAUGCUUGUAUGGUAGUGGCAAUAUGAAUAAAUACCAGACAAUCAAGCAAAAAUCGAACGAAUGUUUUGUCGAGAAUAACAUUCAAAACGCAAAUAUUAAUUUAAUAAAAACUUCUGGCGAAAGUUUCGAAAUUGAGAUGGCGUCGGAUAUUCUCGAAACUACUUUACGAGAGAUUUCUGAUUUUCUUCGUAUUCUCAGAGAGAGAAUGGAUGAAGAAGAUGAAGAAGAAGAAGGUCAUGAUGAUUGGCGUUUUGUCGCGAUGGUUAUCGAUAGAUUUUGUUUGUUUCUUUUUUCUGGUGCUAUUAUCAUAGCUUCAAUUUUCAUCCUCGUCAAUAAACCAGAAAUAUACGUGGCUGCAUCGAAAAUUUUCUCUAGCAAUACCUAA